AUGAAUGAAGAAGUCGUUGAUGUUUCGCUUGCGAUGAGGCAAGUGAGCUACUACGAGCCUGUCAAUCUCUGGAUAGGACCGAGAUUUGCCGACUUGAUACGACUAGGAGCGAAGUAUUCGCCUUGCAUGAGACGCGAAUCUGGCUUAUGGCGAUUGAUUAAUGAAGAAAGGGCCAAGGAGAAUGGUAACGGAUGCUGCGUCUUCAAUGACGGUACAGGGUGCUACCAGACAGGGCAAUCUAGUUGUCCGAGUUUUUUCAUGGAUAUCUCCAUCCACUCCCUACACUCCGCGCCCCGAAUGAACUCUCUGUGUGGUCUUAGGCUCAUUUUGACGAAAACACGGAGUUAAUGUUCUUUAUGCAAUUUUUCGUCUCUUUCUGCACACCCAAUUCUCACAAGAUUUAUGAAUGUGGCAGCUCCAGCAGUUUGGCCAUCCGCAGCCGGUUCGCUCGACCUCGCCGGGCUUUUGUAAAGGUCGCCUGCGAACGCGGUACAGAGCACGAGGGAGUCGCAGCGACUGCUCG